AUGUCCCGGCCUUUGUCAAGAGAUCUAGACAAACCUGACGAGCACGUCAUACUAGCAGGCUGCACGGAGAGUGACACAGUCUCCGAGGCUGCAUACUACAGCGGCAGCCCAGACGACACACCCGAGGAUGUCGCGGUUUCCACGAGCUUGGACGGUGGCGCCCACUCGUGGGAAAACACCACGACAUCUGUGCUCUUCACAGACACAAGUACCACGUUUACAGUUUCGCUGGGGCCGCGAGCUGGGGACGGGGAUUUUGCCGGAACUGUGCGGAAUAGCUGGGGCGUCAGCUUCGGAUGUUGGCAGCGAGCAUCUGCGUUUCUCUAUACUAACGACAACAGGAGUUGCAACCUGGUAUAUGACUGCAACCAUGCAAACUCGAAUCCGGGCUCAUCUCCCCCUGGCACCGAUGCACCCUCAGCGACUUCAACCCCAGCGCCACAACAAGAAAACCACAGUACCAAUUUGCCAGUUUCGACCCUGACCGGUAUAGUCGUUGGCGUGACGCUGGGCUCAGCGGUCCUCGCUGUAAUGCUUCUCUCUUUCGUACGCAAGCACUGGCAUCUGAAAGGCGGACACUGUAGGAUUUCGUUGGAAAAGGCCACUGGUGCCGAUGGUGCCGCGUCGGUCGACAGCGGGGAUCGUGUUAUACCGUUCGUGGAGGCCGAUGGCGAGCCGGCAGGGGCCGAACUCGAAGUCCCACCACCAGUCUUUGAAUUGGAGGCUCGAUCGAGGCCUCGAUGA